AUGGCAUCUCCCCAACAUCAACAACUGCUGCCUCACAACACAGAAGUGAGCUGUGACUCAAGCGGAGAUGGGGGCGUCUCAGUGAAGAUUGGCAGUAGUGUCAAACACAAGCACGGAGGCGGGCCACUUGGUUCAAUCGGGGGAGGCUUCAUCGGAGGAUCCAAGCACUGCAAGUACAGUAUCUCCUCCAGCUGUAGCUCUGGGGAGUCCGGAGCGAGGAGGCCAGUGGUCAAGAGCUUUCGCACCCAGAAGAAGAUGCCUCAGCUUUUUGAACGGUCUGCAGGUCAUUUCUGGGACCCAAAGUUUGACUCAUCCAUCCUGGAGGAGGCCUGUAGAGAACGGUGUUUCCCUCAGACCCAGCGACGGUUCCGCUAUGUGCUGUUUUACCUGGCUGCUGUUGGCCUCCUCUGGGGAUUGUACUUUGCUGCCAACCCUUCCCGCUGUGACAGGACAGCUUUUCUAAUUCCCACUGCAUUCUUUCUCCUUUUCUGCCUCCUCCUCUUCCUCUUAACUUUCACAAAGCUUUACUCUCGCUGCUACAACCAAGUAUCACUGCUUCUUAUCCUUGUAACCUUCAUCCUGACACUAGCCCCACAGAUCCAGACUGCAGGCUUCAGAGAUCCAGAGACUCCUACACCUACAUCUGAUGUGGAAGAGCUCAGUGGCAUGGGACCCUCAUACAACCUUUCCUAUGACAAACUGGUGGGAGACAGCACUUGGUCCCCCUGUCUCUCCCCUGUAGGCACCUUUUCACUCUGUAUUGAGGUUCUUCUGUUGCUUUACAGUGUUCUCCAUGUUCGCCUCUAUGCUUCUGUUCUACUUGGGCUUUUCUACUCUGUGUUUUUUGAGAGUUUGGGUUGGUGGCAUCUGACCCUGACAGGGGGCGAUUGGAGCAUAGCGUCUGGAGCAGACUGGAAUACACUAAGCUGGUUGGGCCCAGCCAAAGCCCUGCUCCACCUCUGUGCCCACGCUAUUGGCAUGCACCUGUUCAUCAUGUCUGAGGUGCGGUCACGAAGCACCUUCCUCAAGGUGGGACAAGCUAUCAUGCAUGGCAAAGAUCUGGAGGUGGAGAAAGCCUUAAAAGAGCGAAUGAUCCACUCUGUCAUGCCCAGAAUUGUGGCUGAUGAACUGAUGAAGCAAGGUGAUGAGGAGAUAGGUGACAGUUCUGUGAAGCGAUACUCCACUAGUGGAGCGGCAGCCGCUAUCUCCAGCCCUAAGAGUAAUAAACGUAAGAAAACCUCCAUCCCUCGAGGUCAGAUCAUCUUCAGACCUUUCAACAUGAAGCGGAUGGAGCCUGUCAGCAUCCUCUUUGCAGACAUUGUGGGCUUCACAAAAAUGUCUGCCAAUAAAUCUGCUCAUGCCCUUGUUGGGCUUCUCAAUGACUUAUUUGGACGUUUUGAUCGGCUUUGUGAGCUCACUGGCUGUGAAAAAAUCAGCACUCUAGGAGACUGUUACUACUGUGUGGCUGGAUGUCCAGAACCCAGAUCAGAUCAUGCCUAUUGCUGUGUGGAAAUGGGCCUGGGCAUGAUCCAAGCUAUUGAACAAUUCUGCCAGGAGAAGAGGGAGAUGGUCAACAUGAGGGUGGGUGUCCACACUGGCACUGUACUGUGUGGUAUCCUUGGCAUGAAGCGCUUCAAGUUUGAUGUUUGGUCAAAUGAUGUCAACUUGGCUAACCUAAUGGAGCAACUAGGUGUGGCUGGCAAGGUGCACCUAUCACAGGCCACCGCUGACUUUCUGGAUGAUCGCUACAAACAUGAAGAUGGACAGGUCAUUGAGAGAAUAGGACAAAGUGUGGUGGCAGACCAGCUCAAAGGCCUUAGGACUUACCUGAUCUCUAGAAGGAAAGUAGAGCCACAUUCUCACUGUAGCUGCUCCCAGUUGGGGUUGGCUGGACCAGAGCAUACAGAUACUUGCUGCCAAACGCCCAAGGUGCACACACCCGAUGGAGGCCCUUCUGCUGGCACCCUGCCCGCAGAAAGAGCCAAGUCUCCCUGUCUAUCCUGCAGUGUGGUCCUAAUACCAGGGGACGAUCAGGUUCUGGAGGAAGGAGCGGUGCACAAUGGCUGCCAUGACGACCACAAGACCAAUAGCAGCAAGGACUCUACAGUGCUGAAAUGUUCUCCAGUAGUUUCUGUAGGGCGCAGCCCCAAGGCUCUGAACGGCCUGCUCAGUCCUCGAUUGGAAACCUUGAACAACAGCCAGACAUCACUGUGUGAGAUGCUGCAGGAGAAGGAGAAGAAGACAUGGAGUGGAGGAGCCAUGGGCAUGGACCACUCAGCGCUCAUCCCUCUACGCUCCAAGAACUUCAGGGAGAGGAGUGAUGCCCACUUUGUGGAUGUUAUCAAAGAAGACAGCCUUAUGAAGGACUACUUCUACAGACCUCCCAUAAACAAGCUAAGCCUCACCUUCCUGGAGGGGACCCUGGAGUCUGCUUACCGGAUAAACUUCCAGGAGGAGGUGGAGAACCUAGCAGCGGUGCAGACUCUUGCCAGUCCAACAUUCAGUUCUUUCCUGGACCUGCUGCUCUGCUGUUCAGUGUUUCUGGCUCUCUCACUGGCCUGUUUCCUUCGACCACUAGUCACCCAGCUGACUCCGUCCACACCAGCAAUCAUUGUAACUGCUGUAGCUGCACUGCUGGAGGCUCUAGCUCUGCUGUUUGCUAUACGCACGGCUUUCUACCUGGAGAGUGCUUUGAAUUGCACCCGAGCACUGAUAAGGGCAAUCUCAGGCUGGGUACCACGGCACUUUAUAGGAGCCGUCCUGGUGUCCCUGCCCGCUGUGACUGUCUUCUCCCAUGUCACCUGUGACAUGCAUCUUUCAAUCCAGUUCACCAUGUUCAUCUGCUGCGCUGUCAUCAUAGCUAUCAUUCAGUACUGCAACUCCUGCCAGCUCAGCUACUGGAUGCGCUCAACUUUAGCAACUUUGGUGGGACUGGCAUUGCUUGCCUUGCUCUUCAGCUCUCCCUGCAGUGUUGCUCAGAGUCUGUUUUUCUGGUCCGGUGGACAGAACAACAACAGCAACAGCUCCAUCCUCAUAUCUGACAGCCCAGCAGACCCUGACCAACAGUCUCACCUCCAGGAUCUGCUGGGCCCUGAGGUUUGCGUCGCCUUUUUCUUGCUCCUUCUCCUGGUUUGGUUCCUUAACCGUGAAUUUGAGGUCAGUUAUCGCCUACAUUACCAUGGCAAUGUGGAAGCUGAUCAGCACCGCAUCAAGAUCCAGAACAUGAGGGACCAGGCUGACUGGCUGCUUCGCAAUAUCAUCCCCAUACAUGUGGCUGAGCAACUGAAGGUCACGCAGAGUUACUCCAAGAAUCACGACAAUGUGGGUGUAAUAUUUGCUAGUAUUGUUAACUUUAGUGAGUUUUAUGAAGAAAGCUAUGAGGGAGGCAAGGAGUGCUAUCGUGUCCUCAACGAGCUAAUUGGGGACUUUGAUGAGCUGUUACGGAAGCCUGCCUUCUCGAAUAUUGAGAAGAUCAAGACCAUUGGUGCUACAUACAUGGCAGCAUCAGGACUAAAUACGCAGCAGUGUGCAGAUGCAGCCCAUCCUCACGCCCACCUCCGCGCUCUUUUUGAAUUUGCUCUGGAAAUGAUGUGUGUGGUGGACGACUUCAACAAGAAUAUGCUGGGCUUUGGCUUCAAGCUUCGAAUUGGAUUCAAUCACGGGCCUCUAACAGCAGGAGUGAUCGGCACCACCAAGCUUCUCUAUGACAUCUGGGGUGACACAGUCAACAUUGCCAGCCGCAUGGAUACAACAGGUGUUGAGUGUCGUGUCCAGGUCAGCGAGGAGAGCUAUUGUGUGCUCAGUGGCAUGGAUUAUGAGUUUGAUUACCGUGGCACAGUUAAUGUUAAAGGCAAAGGCCAAAUGAAGACCUUCCUUUACCCUAAGAGUAGUGACAGUGGCCCUGUGCCUCAGUACCAACUGUCAGUCUCACCAGAGAUCCGGGUACAGGUAGAUGGUAGCAUUGGGCGUUCACCCACUGAUGAAAUUGCCAGCAUGAUGCCAGCAACCAGCGUGACUGCAAGCACUACCGUUACUAUGGUACCCAAUGCUAGUGCUGGUUCCUCUACAAACACAGCGCUUGGUCGUGAGAGAGACGUGGCACGGUGUGGAGAGAGAGUGGACAUCCUUGAAAGACGUCCCUCUGCAGAGACUUCUCAUGCUCAGCGAUCCACGUCUCACAGUGGCCUGACAUCUAUACCUAUUACCAACAUAGAUGGACAACCUCCUUCUGCAAAUAACAAACCACCCAUCAUCUCAUCCGCAGUCCAGCAAAAUGCACGCAGAUAUUCAACAACAAAGUCCCAGAAAGACACCAAGCAGGACAAAUACGAGGGUACUUAUGACAGUAACACUGGAGAGUUAACCAGACUUUAAGAAUUUGCUACAAUUUGAUCACAUAUCUUCGACCCUUUAAGCUCUCAUUCCUGCCGGAUUGCAUUAGUUGAAUUGCAGUACAUUUGGUUCUACCCCAGGUAGAAUCACAGGGUAUAGAAAGACCCACAGGCCUUUCUCCUGCAUCAGAAGGUUAUUUUAGGUCUUAAUCUGGGGGUGCUAUG